AUGAGUACAUGGGAAAAGUUUAAAGACAAACUUUCUAAUCCUAUUUUUCACUAUGGAGUUGCAAUAUGUUCAUUUAAUGCUUCAUCACCAGAUCAACUAUCUCUAUUAUUAGGUGAUGGUGUACAUGUACGCGAAGAAUGUGAUGAAUGGUAUUUUGGAUCAUUAGCUAACCAACCUCAGAUAUCUGGAAUUUUCCCAAAAAGUUUUAUUCAUUUAAAACCAGUGAUUGUUGAUAAUAACCAAAUUACAAGUAUUACAAAUGAAGAUUCCCUAGCCAGUGAUCUUAUUGGAAUCUUACGAGAGUGGGAGUUAAUUGAAUUAAAACAGACAAUUGUUGAUUUAAUUGAUCAAGGCACACGACUUUUACAACUUGAUCUGAUUAUACGUGAUAAAAAUUUAAAUGUUGCUAAUCCAUCCGAUACAAGUACACAUGAUUUAUUAAAUUCAUUGCUGCGUAUAGAAAAGAAAUCAUUACAUGAUGUAGAAAAACCUCGUCCACAUCCUGAUUUUCAACUAGCUAGUACUCAAUCAAUGUUAGUUACAUUAGAAAAAAUCGAUAUUUCUAUUUCCGAUAAUAUUGAAUUAUGGUGUACUUUAUAUGAUUAUUCAUCAGAUGAAAGUGGUGUUGAAUUAAUACCAAGUGAAACAUUUGUGAUUCGAGAUAAAGAAGCUCUUCGUACACAAGAACAUACAGUUGCUUUUACGGAUAUUAGCCGUUCACGUCCAAUAAAAUCUAUGACUAGCAUGAACACACCAUCGAUUAAAUAUCUUGUUUUAUAUGUCAUUCGAAUGGGAACAAUGUAUACAAGUGAUAAUAAUAAAGAUAUAUAUGAUGCAAGUAGUACUAAUUUGAAAAGAACAAAAAAUGAAACAAAUGACUUACGUCGACCUUAUAUGGUUGCAUUAAUUAAUAUGUCACAACAACUUGAUUGUCAUAGUCGUAUGAAAGCGUCACCAUCAGAAAAAGAACUUAUUGUACCAUUUGGUUUUAAUAUGUGGGAUGAUCGUGAUACUCUUGUUUCUAUUUUUCAAAAAACAACAAAAUCAAAUGAUGUAGAAUUACUUAAAAAGCAUAGAUUAAAAUUACAAAUUUUAACUGGUGGAUUUCGUGAAUUAAAAAAUGAUUAUCCACAUUUACUACAUGGUGAUGUAUGUGUAUGUCGAAAACUUGAUUUUCCUGAAGUUAUCAAUGCGGAUGAUCUUCGAAAUGAUAUUUAUGUUACUGUUUAUGGAGCUGAAUUUGCUAAAAGUGGCAAUUAUGAAUAUACAGCUGAACUUUGUGAUGAAAAUGAAAAUCCAAUUCCAGGUUUAUUAAAUGUUGGUGUGAAUAGUACAACUGAUCUUUUUCAUCGUUCAAUUGUUUGUAUAAAAACUGAUAAACCAAAAUGGAACGAAACAUUUCGAAUUGCUAUUCCAUUUUCUAUCAGUGCAGAAGAUAUGCGUCAAUAUCAUGUUCGUUUUUUAUUUAAACAACGUCAUUCAAAUGAUGAUAAAUCUGAAAAACCAUUUGCAUUAGCAUUUUUACCAUUAAUUGAAAAAGCUGGAACAGUUAUUCAAGAUGGACAUCGACAUUUAGUUGUUUACAAAAUAACACAACGUAAAUCUGAUACAAAUAUAUCAAGUUAUAUAAAUUUACAAGCUGUACAAAUAAGUGCACCAAUAAAUUUAACGAAAGAUGCUUAUAAUGGUUCUCAUCGUUUGUCACUUGAGGAAGCUUCAUCACGUUUUUAUCAACCAUCAGAUUAUUUUUCACCAAGUUAUCGUGAACAUUUUCUUGUUAAAGUUAAAGUUAUAUCAACACAAUUAACACAAAUACCUAUCAUUUUAACUUUACUAACAUGGACACCAAAAGAUUCAUCAAUUUAUUUACUUGAAUUACUUGAAAAAUUUGUUGAUCAUCUCGGUGGAAUAAAUACAACAGGUACAGGUGUAUCUGAACAAAGAACUGUAAGUAUGAUGUUACCAUCAGAUAUAAUUGAACGUGCAACAGAAGUUGUUAAAAAUUUACAAAAUAUUUUUGAUAAAUUAUUUGAAAUAUUAACAUCACAAGAAAAUGAAUUAAAAACACGAGAACAAGAACAAUUUGGAAUUCCAAUUGAUUUAAAUAAAAUUCAUCAAACUGCAUUUCAUGCUUUAAUUUGUAUCUUGGAUUUAAUUUCAAUGAAACAAUUUGAAUCAUUUCGAACUGUGCUCGAUGAUUAUAUUAAGAAUAAAUUUAGUUCAACAUUAACAUAUAAUGUUCUACUCCAUUUGAUUAAUAUAACAUUAACAAAAUAUGUUGAACAUACUAAAUCUGAUUUAAAUAUGACUGCUUAUUGUGUUAAAAUGUUAAAACAACUUGAAUAUCUUUUUAAAUUAAUUGUACAUUCACGUGUUUUAUAUGCAAAAUGGAAAAAUAAUGCUGAUCAAAAUCAAUUUGAUCAAUUAAUUAAAAAUGUUUUACGUUCAUUUACUCGUGUUUUAACCUUUUCUGAUGAUCAUGCAUCUGCUGCACAAGGUCUUAUUUUACGACUUUAUCCAUCUGUUGUACUUGAACUUCUUACUGUAAAUGUAUUUAAUGCUGUUGUUUUAAGUGAAUUAACAGCACGUGAAUUUCUAGCUGCAUUACCAGCAAAACGAUUAACACCACAAAAAUUACGUUGUUUAAAUGAUUUAGCUCGUGGUUUACUUAUGCAAAUACCUGAAAGUCGUCGAAUAAUUCUUAAAGUUAUUGUAACAGAUGUUUCAAUGUUAUGUAAUCAUUUUAUAACUGAAAAACAAAAUUCCGAUGAUUUUCGUCUUUCAAUUAUUAAUCAACAAUCUUCAACAUUUUUAAUUGAUCAAAAAGAUCGUGAUCAUUUAAAUUUAUGUUCGAAAAUUGUUGGACAUAUAAUGAAUCAUUUAUUUAUUAGAAAAACUUCAGGUGAUAUUGCAAUAGUCGUUGAGAAACUUCUUCGAGUAUUCAUGCAAAUAUUACUUAUUAUUCGAGUAAAAGAACGAGAAUUAGCAAUAAACUUUGCUACGGGUAUCAUUGCUAUACUGCGUACAAUGGAUGAUGAACAUUAUAUUGAGUUUUUACGACAAAUGGAUGAUAUUAGUUUACAUGAUUUUUUUCUUGAUGCAUUUGGUCUUAUUAAAGAUCUGGUUACAAUACCAAUUUUUUCAAAUGAUUGGUCUGAAAUGCUUUUAUUACAAAAUUCAAUAUUUGUCCGUGCAAUGAAUAAAUUUGUUUCUCGACUAGUUGACGAUUUAACUCAUUUUAAUGAACAGUCAGUUGAAUUAUGGCAAUUAUAUUUUGAAUGUAUUGUUCAAUUUAUAAUUCAACCGUGUUUACAACUUGAAUCAUUUACAACUAAUAAACGAAAACGUAUUUUAUCUCGAUAUAAAGAUUUACGUAUUGAAGCAUCAAAUGAUUUUAAAACUAUGUGGUUUUGUUUAUAUGAACAACAUAAAUUAUAUUUUAUUCCAAGUCAAAUCUAUGGUGUUUUACGUGUCAGUCUUAUACCUGUUCAAGAUAUACGAACAGCAAUGAUUCGAGUUUUAUGUGAUAUGAUUUAUGUUAUUAAUAAACAUAAUGAUAAUUUAUUAAUAUUUGAAAAUGAAUUUGUUACUGUAAUGGAUAAAUUUGCUAAUGAACCGUUAGUUGAUAAAAAUUUUAAAGAAUAUUUAAUUAAUGCAAUUGAUGAUUUUUGUAAAGCAAAAAAACUUGCAAAAAAUGGUUCAAAAUUAGUUGAUAUGAUUGAUAAUCUUUUAUCUCGAAUUAUUGAAUUACGUGCUGCUGUUAAUGACAUUGAAACAGCUGCUUUAGAUCUUCAAAUGCAUUGUGUUCGAAGUUUAAUGGAAUUUUAUGAACGACUUGGUCAUUUGCCAAUGUAUAUUAAAUAUAUCUAUCAAUUAUAUGAAAUGAAUCGCCGUUUACAGAAUAAAAUUGAAGCUGGUCAUACAUUAAUGUUACAUGCAAAAUUACUUGAUUGGGAUUCAGAUAAAAGUCUUGAAGAAGUUCACAUAAAAUAUACUCAAACACAUCAAACAGUUAAAACACAUGAUCAAUUAAAGAAAAAACUGUAUCGUGAUAUAAUACAAUUAUUUGAUGAUGGAGAUGCUUGGGAAAAAGCAAUUGAAGUUUGUAAAGAAUUACAAAUACAAUAUGAACAAUCAUUUGAAUAUGAUAAUCUUAGUUCAUUAUUAUUAAAUCAAUCUCGACUUUAUGUACAUAUAAUGGAUGCAAGUAGACAUCGUUUCGAACAAGAAUAUUUUCGUAUUGGUUGUUAUGGAAUGGGCUUUCAUGAUUUUCUUCAAAAUCACGUUUUUGUUUAUCGAUCUGAACCAGGACAAAGAUUAAGUGAUGUUCGAGAAAAACUUCAAACGAUAUUUCCACAUGCAAUUCUUCUUGAUCCAAUUAUUAAUAUUGAAGACUAUCAUCGUCGAAGUACUUCACAAUAUGUCCAAGUACAAGUCGUGCAACCUAUAUCCGACGAAAAAGCAAGAUUUGGAAAUCGAAAUAUUCCAGAAGCUAUUCUUCAAUAUUAUCGUUCAAAUGAAGUACGUCGAUUUACUUAUACACGUUUAUUUGUACAUGAUGAUGAUCGAGAUGCUACAUCAGAUAUUGCUAAAUUUUCAGCAGAAAAAUAUGAAUUCUCUACUGCACUUACAUUACCGAAUACAACUCGAUGGGUACCAGCAGGUCCAUCAACAAAAACUAUAUUAACACCAUUAGAGAAUGCAAUUCAUUUACUUGAAAAAACAAAUCGAGAAUUAAAAAUUCUUGUUGAAGCUAAUGAAACUGAUCGUGAACUUAAUGUGACACCAUUAUCUGGCAAAACUGCCGGAAUUCUUGAUGCAGCAGUUAUGGGUGGUGCUAGUGUUAUUGAACAAGCAUUUCUAUCGAAUGAAUAUCAAAUAAAACAUUCGAAUGAAUAUACACGAACAUUAACUGAUAAAGUUAAACAAUUACUUGCUGAUCAAAUUCCUUUACUUGAUCGAGCAUUAAUUAUAAUGCGACAAAAAUCCAAACCAGACAUGUUACCACAUAUCGAACACUUAAGUAAUCUUUUAAUUCAUCGACAACGUUCUGUUGAACAUCAUUGUGGUAAACAACAGAUGCAAGGAUUACGUUUAAAAAAGAUAAAAUAUAAUCUUUUCAGACCAUCAAGUGAUCUUUCAUCAAAUACGUCUAUUCAUAGUCAUCGUUCAAAUACUGAUAUACAAUUACGACAAUCAGAUUUAACAAGAAGUCGAACAUCAUCAGCAAAUUCAACAAAUACUAUAUUUAAACCGACAGCAACAUCAUCACCACAAAAAAAUCCUAUUGAAUUAAGAGAAGAAUUAACAAGUGUUCGACCACGUCGACCUCCACGUACAGCACCAUCACUCAGUUCAUCAGUUAGUUCUUUAGCUGGUGCAUCAAAUGAUUCACCUCGUUCAUCAACAACUGAUGUCAAUGUCAGUGGACAGUUUAUCAUCGCUUCGGCUAGUCAAACAUUAUUAUCAUCAGAAAGCUUAAAUGAAGAAUUAACUGAUGAAAUUAUACAACGAAAAUCAAAUAAUAAUACCAAUAAAACUUCACCUUCUCAUCAGUUGGUUAAUAAAAUUCGUCAAUUAACAAAAUCAUCAGAACAAUUAACAAACGAUAUACCACCACGUCCACCACCAAAACCGCCCAAACUUCUUCGUUAA